CCGGGGUGCCGCCAUGGCCGACGACGCCAAGCCCGACGGGAGUACCCUGCAGAUGCUGCGGGACAUGGCCAACCGCCUGCGGAUCCACUCCAUCAGGGCCACGUGUGCGUCCAGCUCCGGCCACCCCACGUCGUGCUGCAGCGCAGCGGAGAUCAUGUCUGUGCUCUUCUUCCACAUGAUGAGGUAUAAACAGACAGAGCCGGAACACCCCGACAACGACAGAUUCAUCCUCUCCAAGGGCCAUGCGGCUCCGAUCCUCUAUGCCGCUUGGGCGGAGGUGGGCUGCAUCAGUGAAUCCGACUUGCUGAACUUGAGGAAAAUUCAUUGUGACUUAGAGGGACAUCCCACCCCAAGACUGUCGUUUGUUGAUGUGGCAACCGGAUCGCUUGGGCAAGGAUUAGGUGCUGCCUGUGGAAUGGCUUAUACUGGCAAGUACUUUGACAAGGCCAGCUACCGGGUGUUCUGCCUUAUGGGAGAUGGCGAAUCCUCGGAAGGCUCUGUCUGGGAGGCUCUGGCCUUCGCUUCCCACUACCGUUUGGACAAUCUUGUGGCAGUCUUUGAUGUGAACCGCUUGGGACAAAGUGGCGUCACGCCCCUUGAGCACUUCACAGACAUCUAUCAGACUCGCUGUGAAGCCUUUGGGUGGAAUACUUACUUAGUGGACGGCCAUGAUGUGGAGGGGUUGUGCCAAGCGUUUUGGCAAGCGACUCAAGUGAAGAACAAGCCCACUGCCAUAAUUGCAAAAACCUUCAAGGGCCGGGGUAUUCCAAACAUUGAGGAUGCAGAAAAUUGGCAUGGAAAGCCAAUGCCGAAAGAAAGAGCAGAGGCAAUCAUCAAAUUAAUUGAGAGUCAGAUACAGACCAACAGGAAUUUCAUACUGAAACUCCCUGUUGAAGACUCACCUCAAAUCAGCAUCGAGAAUAUAAAAAUGACCUGUCUGCCUGAUUAUAAAGUUGGUGACAAGAUAGCUACUCAGAAAGCAUAUGGUUUGGCUCUGGCUAAACUGGGCCAUGCAAACAAAAGAGUUAUUGUGCUGGAGGGUGACACAAAGAACUCCACCUUUUCUGAGAUAUUCAAGAAAGAAUACCCUGAGCGUUUCAUUGAGUGUUUUAUGACUGAGCAAAACAUGGUAAGUGUGGCACUGGGCUGUGCCACACGUGGUCGAACUGUUGCUUUUGUUAGUACCCUCGCUGCUUUUUUGACCCGAGCAUUUGAUCAGAUCCGGAUGGGAGCCAUAUCUCAAACCAAUAUCAAUCUUGUUGGUUCCCACUGUGGGGUAUCCAUGGGUGAAGAAGGAUUCUCUCAGAUGGCCCUGGAGGAUCUCGCCAUGUUCCGAAGCAUUCCCAGCUGCACUGUUUUCUAUCCAAGUGAUGCCGUCUCGACAGAGCAUGCUGUUUAUCUGGCUGCUAAUACCAAAGGAAUGUGCUUCACUCGGACCAGCCAACUAGAAACUGCAGUUAUUUAUACCCCACAAGAAAAGUUUGAGAUCGGACAGGCCAAGGUCAUCCGCCACAGUGUCAAUGACAAAGUUACAGUUAUUGGAGCUGGAGUUACUCUGCAUGAAGCCUUAGCAGCUGCUGAUGGUCUUUCUCAACAAGGUAUUUCUAUCCGUGUCAUUGACCUAUUUACCAUUAAACCCCUGGAUGCUGCCACCAUCAUCUCCAGUGCAAAAGCUACAGGAGGUCGAGUUAUCACAGUGGAGGAUCACUACCGAGAAGGUGGCGUUGGAGAAGCUGUAUGUGCAGCUGUCUCCGGGGAGCCGGACAUCCUUGUUCAUCAGCUGGCAGUGUCAGGAGUGCCUCAAAGUGGGAAACCUAGUGAAUUGCUGGAUAUGUUUGGAAUCAGUGCCAGACACAUCAUAGCUGCUGUGAAAUACAUUUUAAUGAACUGAAAUAGCUGAUUUCUUAAAAAGUCAGUCUGUUGGCUUUGGUCUUAAAACACUGCUAUCUUUAUAUUACAUUCAUGCUUGUUGUUGCAAAAUUAUCAUUUAUGUCUAUAACGUUGUGUAGGUUUUUUUUAAGCCAUU